AUGGCGAAAUUGUCUCUUUUGUUUUUAUACUUUUUCCAAGGACUACUUCCCUUCAUCUUUGGGCAGCAGCAGCAGCAGCAGCAGCGCACAGCUGGCCCCUGGCGUCACCGGAUUCAGUGGGAGAACAAUGGACAGGUUUAUAGUUUAAUGAGCACUGGAAUGGAGUACCAGUCUCCGGUUCGGCCAAGAAGCCAGUCGAGGGUUUUUGUGAGCAGUAGAAGGGAUGGCACAAGGAGCCAAAUGCCGGUUACGCACAGAGGAGCGACGCUUGUAAGACCAAGACAGACUGAAUCUAGACAGUUUAGGACUGUUAACGGUGUAGAAUCUGGAUCUGCUGCUUCAAGUCACGAUGUUAGACAGUUAAUACCGUCUAGGGGUAGAGUGUCAGGGGCCACGCAGCAGCCUGAGCGCCCUUACUUAAUGGGAGCGUCAGGUUAUCCAAGCGCACGACGCUCAAUCCCUGAACACACCGCCUCUGCGAACACCUCUACAGCGGGGAGUUUGACAGACUUGCCAGGCAGAAGAGGGGGUGGCAGUAUGGAUACGACUGCACUGCACACUAGAAGAGGAGACCUGGGUCCCGGUGCGCACUACCAACAAUUACGCACGGUGCCAGAGGCCACAUCUGGCUCUAGGCAGCAAGCGCAGACGGAUCAAUCAAUCCCAGCACAUCCCAUAACUCCGGAGAGGGAAUCUGCAGCUUCGGUUCCUUUCCCAGUACUGAGAGAGGAUGCUGCAAACGAGGCUGGUGGUAAUGGAGAGGACAUGGUUAACGACGACCCUCGAAACCCACUGAAGAACCACAACAGGAAUUCUGUUUUCUACAACAUGUAUCCAACAAGAGAGAGGUCAGGCAACCGCGCGCACCUUCCACCUGGCACAGGUUACGGGACAAGAUAUUUCCAGAAUGGUCUACCAGACUUGGUGCCGGACCCGUACGCCAUCCAAGCAGGUGCCUAUAUUCAGCGCAUGCAGAUGUACGCGCUCCGCUGUGCAGCCGAGGAAAACUGUCUGGCCAGGUCUGCAUAUGGACCUGGCGUGAGAGACAUCGACUUCAGAGUCCUCUUGCGUUUCCCCCAGAAAGUGAAGAACCAGGGCACCACCGACUUCCUCCCUGUGAAGCCCAGAUAUCAGUGGGACUGGCACAGCUGUCACCAACAUUUCCACAGCAUGGACGCCUUCAGUAACUACGACCUGCUGGACACUAUCUCUGGACGUAAAGUUGCCGAAGGACAUAAGGCCAGUUUUUGCCUGGAGGAUACAGGCUGUGAUGCUGGAUUCAGGCGGCGCUAUGCCUGCACAUCUCACACACAGGGACUGAGCCCGGGUUGCCACGAUGUCUAUGCUGCAAACAUCGACUGUCAGUGGAUCGACAUCACUGAUGUACCUCCAGGAAAUUACAUCUUGAAGGUUACUGUUAAUCCAAAUUUCCAUGUGCCCGAGUCGGAUUUCACCAACAACAUUGUGAGAUGUGAUAUCACAUACACAGGGAUCUAUGUGCAGACACGCAACUGCAGAGUAACAAGGGGUUGAACUUGUUCUUUUGAAGACUUUUUUAUAGGAGAUUUACAGCGAUCAUCUCUCUGUGCUGUGCAGCAACAUCCACUGACCAACAAAAAGUGCCUUUGGUAAAGUGUUUGACUAGUCUGUGUUGCAUUUUCUACACAUACAUGCAAACACUUUACUUGUGAGAUCCUCUCAUUGACUUGAUUUUUUACGUCUACAAAUGUGCCAUAAUGCAUAACAAAACUCUCUUGUUGUUUGUCUUACAUCCUUUAAGUAGUGUUGUCUUGUAUGUUUACUUCUUGAAUGCUGGUUAGUCGCUUGAAUCAUUUGUUGUUGCAUGUUGUCUUUGUUGUAUUGUUUCUACUUCCUUUUUUUAUGUGCACAUCACUUUUUUGAGUUGUUUUUAAAGGAUAAGAUGUUCUAUAUUUGUAUUAUUAACACAUCGUACACAAAGAACCCAAACCAGCACUAUGUUGCUCAGAUAGACUCACAAUAUCUGCUGACAUUCCUAUCUGGUCUGUGACUCUUACGCUCCACUGAGGACAAAAAUCAGAGUACAAGUUUUGAGUUUUGCUAUAAAAACAUUAAAUAGUUUCCAGAACUGCCAGGCACCAUUUUAUAUUUCAAUUUUUACUCAAGCAGCAAAAGUAGUAUAGUUGAUGGAACCAACCCCAGAUUCAAGUUUUGGCGAAGGUGGAAUUGACUCCUAAUUAUUACACCGCUUUCUCACUGAUCCCCCAGCUUUGUUAAAUACUUGAUUGUGAUUGGUCAAACGCCUUGACAUCGGUUAUUAACUCAUGCAAGUCAUAUCAAAUCAAUCCAGAGAAAAGAGUACUUUUUACUCCUGCUUAUUGAAACUAUAUGGUUGACACUGAGGCAAAUCUAACAUUAGAUUCUGUUAGCAUUAUAGAGUGGAACAUUGUGGCGAAAACAUUUGUUUUCGUUAGCAUUAUAGUGGUUAGCCAUCUCGUUUAUAUAUUUAGUUGGUCACCGGCUAAUAAGCAGGAAGACGUAUAGUUAGUCAGUUAUGCCAAAUAGAAUCCCUUCAGGCUGGAAAAGACCCUGACACAAAGCAUAACCACUGACUACUAUCCCUUUCCUGAAAGUCCUCAUGAACAUUUACCCCAAUUGCAAAAGUUUAACUGCACGGCUAAAAUAGUUAGGGCAUCAGUGAAGCUCUGAGUAAGGAAUGAGGAAUAACAUCCUUGGAUACAAAGACGUCACUCGUCAGUUAGAUCAGUUCAUUGCUGGUUCUGUCUUUGGAUUUGUUGACAAUAAGAAAAAAGAGAAUAUCCUCAGACUCAUCCUUUAACCACUUGUUGGUCACAUCUUUAAGUAUCUCAAUUUAUGUUAAAUGGUAUGUUUGUAAAUGUUUAUGAAUGUGUGCCUGUUUCUUAACUGAGUGAAUGGAAAAUGUGGGAAAUUGUUACUAUUAUCAUUGUUGAAACCUCAUCGUUCUCUGCCUGUAUGUUGAAUUCAAUGCAAUAAAGAUGGUGGAGAGUU